AGAAAGAGUGAGAGAGAAAGAGGGGCUGCUGUUGCUGUUUCCUAUGGGGGCCUGUUACCGAGGGGAGGUGGAGAUUUACACUCCCUCUCAGUCAAAGUGCUCCCUCCACUCCUGCUGCACUCUGAGACACACACACACAGAGACACACACACACACACACACACACACGCUCCCAACUCUCCACAGGAAAACCCAGAGCCUAAUGCGCAGCACCUCACAGGCAGCACACUGCCACGUACGUUGGGCAAACCAAACCAAGUGGGACACUAACUCCGACUCUGCGACUUUGAUAGUUGGUUAAUUACUCAUGUGAUGUGAUUCAGAUGUCUAGGGGCUUCAGCAGAAAGUUCGCCUGACGGUUCCAACAGGGGAGGCAGGAGCAGACAUUUUAGGAGAGCAGAGCGCUCUCACCACCAGCAGUAUAUGGGGAACCCCUACACUAUCUGUCCAUCUCCUGAGACAAAGCGUGGAAUGUGUUCUAUAAUGGGCGCCCCAAUCGUACAUGUGUUGGUGCUAAUGGCCGUCAUGGCCGCCCUGCCUGGCCCUGGAAUGUGUCAGAUAAACAGCACCACAGACGAGGGAGAGAAGAACUCCCUACCAGAUCAGGGCCUGGUCCUCCACAACACCCACAUCACCCUCCAACCCCUGGGCUUCCACAGCACCAGUAGCCCCUUCCUGGAGCAUGGGAGUCCCAUCUCCACCAGGGGCCACCAGGGGCCGCAAUGGCCCAGGGUCGGAGCUGGAUCUGGGGCCACAAACAUCACCAGGAUAAGGGCCCCUCCACCAUGCACCAUCGCCACUUCCAUUCAAGGCUAUUUCAAAUACAUCAACACAGUGAUUUCUAUCAUAGUGUUUGUGGUGGGCAUAGUGGGCAAUGCCACCCUGUUGAGAAUUAUCUACCAGAAUAAGUGCAUGAGGAACGGGCCCAAUGCCCUCAUUGCCAGCCUGGCGCUGGGAGACCUCAUCUACAUCACCAUAGAUAUACCCAUCAACGUCUACAAGCUCCUUGCCACCAGGUUCCCCUUCGAUGACAAUUCCUUUGGGCUGUGUCUGUGUAAGCUGGUGCCAUUCCUACAGAAGGCCUCUGUGGGCAUCACCGUCCUCAACCUCUGUGCCCUAAGCGUCGACAGGUACCGUGCAGUGGCGUCAUGGAGCAGGGUCCAGGGAGUAGGGAUUCCUCUUCGGACGGCCAUGGAGAUCGUGUCCAUCUGGGUGCUGUCCAUGGUCCUGGCUGUCCCAGAGGCCAUCGGUUUCGACAUGGUUGAAUUCAACUACAGGAACGAGACCAUACGGACAUGUAUGCUCAACCCCAAGACUGAGUUCAUGAUGUACUAUAAGGACAUCAAGGACUGGUGGUUGUUUGGGUUCUACUUCUGCGUUCCUCUGAUGUGUACGGCCGUGUUCUACACUCUGAUGACCUGUGAGAUGCUCAACCACAGGAACGGCAGCCUCCGCAUCGUCCUCAGUGAACACCUCAAACAGAGACGGGAAGUGGCCAAAGCAGUGUUCUGCCUGGUCCUGAUCUUCGCUCUGUGCUGGUUCCCCCUGCACCUCAGCAGGAUCCUCAAGAAGAUGGUCUACAACCCCAGAGACAUCGGACGCUGUGACCUGCUCAACUUCCUGUUGGUCUUGGAUUACCUGAGUAUCAACCUAGCCACAGUAAACUCCUGUAUAAACCCCAUCAUCCUCUACUUUGUCAGCAAGAAGUUCAAAAACUGUUUCAAGUCCUGCCUGUGUUGUUGGUGCCACUCGGAUGCCACAGUGACCAGCACGGGACAAAACGGGAACGGGACCAGUAUCCAGUGCAAGAGCCCAGAGCCCGCCAACCUUCACACGGACCGCAGCCUACGCAAAGACAGUGACUGACCACCACAGGAGGUGACGCCCCCUAUGGACGAGGAGGUCUCACUACAACUACAGCCAGUCUGCACUAAACACAAUGGACUCUCAACUCAAUAGGACCCCCAUGCUAAACCGCUAUGGCGUGACAAACAGAGAGAGAGUCACACGUUUCAAACACCAUCACACGUUUCUUUUACAGAACACUGCUGGGCAGCUCUGGAGCCUGACGUAGAACGACGGGGAAAUUAGUGGAGUUUAUAUAUAGACACAAACAUACAAUGGGCAUGAUGGACGCUGCAGUAUUUCCAGUGUCUCUAUGGACUAUACCGUUCCCUUUGCCAGGGGGAGACGAGGAGGGAGCGAUGCUUUACAGUACCGUGAGAGAGGAGGAAGAGGGAUGGAGGGAGGGGAGGGGACGGGAGGGGGAAGGUAGCUAACAGGAUGCAGCUGAACUCAGGCUAUAAAUGACCGGCCAGUCAGUAACGGAGCGAGUAGCGUGUUGUUCUGUUCACAAAAUGGUCAGCACUGCUGGGAUGAACCAGGAAGCAGCGGAAACCCCGGGAAGGAAGGCCAGAGCGCUCCCUGUUAGAGGGGACGAGAGGAGAAGGAGAGAAUGGUCCCCCAUGAGUCCUAAUGAAUUGCUACUCAGUGAUGGUGGAGAGAAGGGGAGCUCUCACUAUUGAGUUGACUGUCCUUUUUUAGUGUCGCUAUAGCUUCUUCCAUCAUAGGCACUAUACGCUGGUCGUUGUAUACACAGUAGUACACUUUCAUAGAGUAAGCUAAUGUCCUGUGUUCGGUAUGGUGAAUUUGUUUUAAUAUAGAUGAAAGUGAUUUUGCCAUCUAAACGUGUGUGUUCCAGUACUGUUUAAUAUUCUGUUUUAUAAAACGUACCAGGAAGUGUUAAUUCACUGUGUUUAGGUUUCAUGUGCUGGGAAGAAGGAAAAACGGAUUUUAACGAAAAGGUGCCUUGUGUCACCUUGAAUUCCCCCGUCUAGCCUUAUACAGUAUACAGACUCUGUACAACGUCCAUUGGAAUAUCACAUAGGGUGUAGAGUUACUCCAGUGUAGAGUAACCACCAGUGUGCAUCCCAAAUGGACCCCUAUUCCCUACAUAGUCCUAUGCGCCCUGGUCAAAAGCUGUGCACUAUAGGAGGGAAGGGGGUGCCAUUUGGGAAGCAGACCCAGUCUCUUGACUUGUUAUCCAAAGACUUACUGAAGUCCCAAGCUAGUUUAAAGAACAUGUCCAGAUGCAACAAGCACCACAGGACCAUAAAGAACAACGUUAUGAUUAUGUCUCAGUUCAAGGCUCGUUGAAAAGGGGGUCUCUAUGUUCUCACCCCAAAAAUAAAGGGAUAAAAACGGUAUCCCUACUUCACUGUGAAUUUUACAAGACACAGAAAAUGUUGCUAUUUACAGCUAAGCUGUUUGUGAAACAUGCUCGUAUAUAUCAAGUUUUUAUAUGGUGUUAUAUUUUGCUAUGUUCUUUAUCAUGUAUACAGAAUGUGGUUAUUAUUUGUCCUUUGCCUGAGGCAGGAUUUUUUAUUCAUUUUUUUUUGUGUGAUGAUAAAUAUACCAGUUGGUGUUUAAAUCAUAUCAGCUACCUAGGUGACUAUACUGCUUUAUACAUUUGAUAUGUGAAUACAUGUAUUAUGAAUACAAUUAAUGCGCUGUGCGUGUGUGUGUGUGUGUGUGUGUGUGUGUGUGUGUGUGUGUGUGUGUGUGUGUGUGUGUGUGUGUGUGUGUGUGUGUGUGUGUGUGUGUGUGUGUGUGUGUGUGUGUGUGUGUGUGUGUGUGUGUGUGUGUGUGUGUGUGUGUGUGUGUGUGUGUGUGUGUGAUUCUUUGCACUUUUUUCCGUUUGAGUGUUUGUGGAACUAUCUACAGCAUAUCAGACAGUGUCAAAGAUAAAGGCUUUUCAGUUUAACCACUCAUAUCAAAACAUGGUAUUUUACCACUAUAAUGUUCAUUCAGAGGCAUCAUACCCCUCUAUAGAAAAUUGUAUUAUUGUUUGACACAUUUGUUUCUCAUGUUUCAUACAGAAAUGCUGCUGCUUAUCCUAAUAAAAAUCAUUUAAGUGUA